AAGUUCAGGAGUUACUUUAGCAAAUUGACAUAAUUGGUUCACCACCAAAAUUGGGUGAUUUUUCAGUCAAACCAAGCAGAAAUUUCUCUUAACCGUUUUCUUCCUGUGGACCAGUAACAUAUGAACUCAGAGGAAAAGAAAAGCCAAUUAAGAUAUUUGCGAAAUGAUACCAACAUUGCAUGUAGCUUUCUCCUAGUUACCAGGACAAAGUGUGGAAUAAUAAUUGCGGCUACUUUUAAUAGUUGCCAUUUGUUAAAACCCCAGAGACUGGUGGCUUGGUUACAUUUAACAAAUGCCAAGCAAUGGCUUCUUAGGUUUUAACAGUACUUUACAACUGCAGAACUGAAAGUAUAAUAGACUGCGAGUCACCUGCUAUGAAGUCUCCCUAUUCCAAAACUCCUGACCCUUGUUCCUGCUCAAGAUGAGGCUUAAUUUCUUUGACUAGUUAGCAAGAGAGAGGUGGCUGAGCAGGUCUGUCCGGUUAACAGUCCAGCUCUUUAGAAAAGAAGCUGAUAGUCAAGCUUGGCUCUUUUAUAGCACAGGUCCACAGCUCUGGCUUUAAGCUGUCUCAUACCUUCAACAAAAGUGAUAGACUGCAAUGGAAGUCCCUGGAUCUCCAUGCAAUGCAGAUGACGAUGAAGCACAAAACAGCAAUGAUGAAAACUGUCAGAACCACAUACUGCCACCAUCAACGCAAACGUCCAAUCUAACUAAUAAUAAAAGGUUGUACUUUGACAGUGAUGAUGGUAGAAAAAACGACAUAGACUAUGGCUGCACUCCUGAAAAACGUCCACUAAUUAUGGCCCCUGUUUCUAGUGUUAUUACCUGUGUUGAAUCCUAUUUAGACUGUGAUCGAGAAUCUAGACUUCCUAGUGGAGAACAUUCUGCACAAACUUCUCAUGUGUUUGAAAUCAUAGAUGAUAUUGAACUGGAUGAUGAUGGACUGGGUACUGAUCUGAGUGCUCGGAGUUAUAUUUCAAACGGCCGGGAAUCACUUGAUCUUUCUAGUGACGAUGAUGAUGAAGAAUACUUGGAUGAUAAUGAGGUCUAUGCAUGGCUGGAAGAGGGGGUUGACUCCCGCAAGUCUGGAUCAGAUGGAGAAACAAAAGAUGACGGAUCGCAGGGGCCAAUUGAAGUACAAAAGAUUGUUUUAAAAGAGAGGGGCCAUGAUCCAUUUGACAUUCUACCAGAAGGCUGGAUAAUAGUAACUCAUAAUAGUGGCAUGCCAGUUUAUUUGCAUAAAGAAUCAAGAGUAUGUACUCUCUCCAAACCAUACUUCUUGGGACCUGGUAGUGCCAGAAAACAUGACAUUCCUGUAAGUGCAAUUCCUUGUCUUCAUUAUUCCCGUGAAUUGGAGAAAGAAUGUCAGCGAGGUAAUCUUAAAGAUCUUGAACCCUUAACUAUCACUGAAGAACUUGAAUGUACAGAUAACCAAAAUUCUGAACCAGCUGAAAAUAAUGAUGAAUCAGAAUUCCCAGCCAUUAGUGAGAAUGACACUGAUCAAUUGAACAACAACCUGGAAUGUAAUACUUGCCCUAUGGUAGAUGUUGAUGGCAGUUCAAAAACUCCAGCAGUUAAGAUUGAGUGUGCUGAAGAAAGAAAAAAGGAAAAUUCACUUGAUCCAUUAGAAUUGAGGAAGUAUUGUGAAAAGAGAUUUGAAUUCAAAAAAAUUACAGUUAAAAAAUUUAAAACAUGGAAGGAAAGAAGACGUCACAUGAGUUUAAUGAAAAAGCAAUCACGGCCAGCUUUACCCUCAAAUACCAAACUAAUAACUUGCCCUGUUCCUUCAAGCAAGGGUGAUGAUAAAGUGAAUCGACGGCGAGAAUUUGUUCUAAACCCUAGUGGCAAGUCUUAUGUGUGUAUACUACAUGAAUACGUCCAGCAUACAAUGCGGGUACAACCACGAUAUAUUUUUAGAGAAGUCGAAAAUGCUCAAACUCCUUACAGUGCAACUAUUGUGAUAAAUGAUGUGGAAUAUGGUACGGGAUUUGCUGGAAGCAAAAAAGCUGCUAAGAUGGAAGCAGCGAAAGCAACACUUAAAGUGUUAAUUCCUGAAAUGAAUAAGAUGACAGAAGACAACAAGAGUUAUGAAUCUGAAGAUCUGUCUUUUUUUGAUGAAAUUAAAAUAGAAGACCCCCGUGUCUAUGAACUUUGUAAUAAAGCUGGACAGCCAACACCCUAUCAGAUCUUAUUAGAAUGUCUCCGCAGGAAUUAUGGUAUGGGAGACACUCAGUGUCAAAUGGAAAUGAAGACUCUCAAGCACCAAAAGAGUGAAUUUACUAUGACUGUUGGGAAGCAUAAAGCAUCAGUUGUGUGUAAAAAUAAAAGAGAAGGAAAACAACAAGCUGCACAGGCUAUAUUGCAGCGUCUCCAUCCACAUAUUACCAGUUGGGGUUCUUUAUUACGGCUGUAUGGUCGAAUUUCAUUCAAAAUAAUCCGUGAAAAGAAAGAAGAAGAGCAGAGCAUUACUGAAUUACAGUCUCAGGCCAAGUCCAACAAACCCAAUACAGCAGUGUUAGAGAAACUCAGAGAAGAAAUGCGCAAGAUUAAAUUACAGAGGGAAUCCAUCAAAUCAAGAGGAAAGUUGAGGCUUGAAUCAGCUGUCCCUGUAGGAAAUGUGUCAGGAUUAGACCUCUGAUACUAGUCCUUUGUUUACAGAUGUUUGUUAAUUUAUGCUAUCAAUGCACUUAAGAUUACUCUGUUGUUUUCAAUUUUAAUGCUUGUAGCCAAUUGUUUCUCUCUCCCUCUCUCUUUCACACCCACACACAUUCUCUUUCUUUCACCCACCACCAACUUUAACUUGAAUGUCAUUUGAAGAAAAGUAAUAUUGAGUCAAUGACUUGGUCAUUUUUCCAUUACUGCACUCAACUAUCAAUCUGAUCUUCCACAAAAACACUACCCAUUUCUGUCUGUCUUAGCCAUAGUUGUUUGAAGUGUGAUUGAACUAUAUGGCGUCCUCAAUGUUUUUCUUAUUUUUGUGGGUGGGGGGGGGUCUACUUUUGAGGAACUUCCUACAUGUCAUCUUUAAAAAAAAUCUCUUUACACUUUCCAGUAUCUUGCACUAUAGUUGUCAAUUGUUUGCAUAGAACUGUUUGUUAUCUCAAAAUCCAGCAACUAAUUACACUGUAUCUUAUAUGUUAUUUUUUUAUUGCAUUUACAUUUACACUGCAUCACUUCAAUUAGAAAUGUGUUGAUGUUGUGUAGCUAGCCUUCCGCUGACUGAAGAGGGACAGAUGUUUGUUUUUGAUAAACUUCAUUAUAACUCUGGACUUUUACAUGGAACUUAAAAUGAAAGCAUUUGCAGUCGGAGGAUGAAGCACAAUUGUUAAUCCAGCCACCACUUCCUCCUAGCUCAUCUAAUUCUGUGUGCUCUCAUUUAUAUAUAUACAGAAUAAGUGGGUGAAAAAUUGUGAUAACCAAGGGAGGCAAGUACUCCUUGCCCAUUCCAUAUUCUUCUAUUACUGCCUCAUUUAAAUAUUUGGAUGUUGACAUUACAUAUACACACAUGGUUAGUUUCCCAUUCCUAAGCUAUCAUGGUUAAAGUGAAAUUAGCUAAAAUUGGAGUAAAGUGAUGAUAGCCUUUUAAUAAUUUAUUUCUCAUAUAUCAGUUGUUGUGUAUUGUGCGUGCGCACGCACACAUACACACACUGAUCAAUAUUUUCAGAUUCAUAUGUAAUUCUUGUUAAUUUAAAAUUCUCAACUAAAGAGGAAAUCCAAGAUUAUGGUUGAAUUUUCAAAGCAGAUAUAUUUUAUGGUUUAUGGUGGGCUAACUCCUUCAUAUGCAAGCAUACAUAGUGUGUGUGUGUGUGUGUGUGUGUAAUCUCUUUAAUAGAUACAUUUGAUUUUAUUCUUAUAGCCCCCAAGCACAAUAUAAAUUGUGACUCAGAUAUUUGAAGAAAAAAGUUUGCAUUGUUCAAAACAGUAUCAUGUGAGAUACUUUAUAGCAGGUAGUCAUUUUGUUAGAUUUUAAGUAGUGUCUCUUGCUCUAAAAAUUGGUGUGGAUAUGGUUCAGUUAUUCCUCUCUAUUUGAAAUGUAAUCUGACCAGAGUUUUUUUUUUUUAUUUUCUUCGUAUUUUAGCUUCUUUUCAUACAUAUAUAUUUGUCAGGAAUCAGGAUUUAAGUAAAAGUUUUGUCUCCUUAAAUUGAAUUAUUCACAUGAAACCACUUUUCUUUGUUUUUAGUAGAUUAUUUCAUUUCUCACUACCAGAAAUAUCUCUGUUCUGAUCCAAUUUUUUUCCUUCAUUGGUUGUUUUUACUAUAUAUAACUGUUAAAAAUGUAAAAGGCCCUAGCAUUUAUGUGUCUUUCCUUGAAGGGAAUCUGAAAUCAUUUAUGCUGGGAUUAGUUUAGUGAAGUUACAUUAGAAACCAUUUAUUUUAUAACUAUUUUCACUUUAUAUGAACUUGAUUUUGGAGUCAGUCAUCAAAAAUCAAAAUGCUUUUUCAAGUUGCAAGGACAUUGGCUCAAUUAUGCAUUUACUACUCUUGUUUCUCUUAGUCACUUAUUUUCACUGGCAGCUGAAGGUAAUUAAUGCAGUGAAUAAACACUGAUAUCAUCAUGAUCAUUAUUAUUAUCAUCAUUAUUAUCAAUUAAGUGGCUAUUUUUUAAGUCAAGUUUAAACCCAGAAAAAUGAAGGUAAUAGAUGUGUGAACUAGUCAAUUUUUAAUUCACAAUUACCAUCAUAUUGUCUCUCCUUCCAUUAUUCCUUGGCAUCUAAUACAUUAUAUUGUCUUAAUAUUGUCUACAGCUGCUAUUUCACAUGCUGAAUAUGAAUUUAAAUUCUUCUCUUAUUGUUCCUUUCAGUGUUCUUAUACCUCAUUACAAUAUAUUUAGCUUACUGUAAAGGGACAUUAUCUUAAAACUCAGAUUUAGAGGAAGUACACAGCUGUCACUGAAAAUCUCUAUACAUCAAAGUUAUAUUUUGUACCUAUGUCAGAAAUCAAUAUUUUUCAUCUUCAAGACACUCAGGCGCUACAAAUCUUCCAUAUAUUUCUCUUUCCUUGCAAUACCUUAAAAGCUGUUGUAAUUCUGCUGACAACUGAUCAGGUAUAUUUUUUGCUACAAUCUCUCCCUCUCCUUACUGAAGAUGAAAGACAGUAGCCAGGUAUCCAGGUAUGACAAGAAUUUGAACUAUAAUUCAAGCUCAAAUUCAAUGGCUUUAGGCUGUGCAAUGUUCCUAGUGGAUUGCCAGUGUCAUCAAAUAGUGUUUCUGUGAUAAUGAUAGCAGUCUAUCAUCAAAUGAGAUCUCUCUGCAAACCUGACAGUAACAUAUCUGCAACAGCUGACACUAAAAGGUUUUUGUGAAUAUUAAUGUGAAAGAAUUAUUUGAAUUAUCAGUAGCUGCAAAACAAGAACUUCUCUACAUUAUAAUAUUCCCAUUCAUAGCACAUUCUUUUGUGAAGCUAUAAUUUCUUUGUCAAAGGCUUUUUAUUUAGUCUCUCUUUUACAAGAAUUUAUGCCAUCUUUUAUCAGUUUUCUAAUUUCAUUUAUAUCUCGUUGCUAUUGUAAAUAUCAACUUUUUCUUUUAUUGAUUCAUGCUCUGGUUUCACCUCCUAGAGUUUUAACUGCUUGUAUUAAACCUAGUACUUUAUUUGACACUUAUUUUAUUGAUGAUGUAAGAGAUGAAAGGUAAAAUCAACCUUGGCAUAAUGUGACUAAAUGCCACAUGCUGAUUUUGAUUGACCAUCCCAUGCCAGUGUGUGUACAGACACACAUACUCACUCAAACACGCAAUGUUAUUGAACAAUAAUAAUCAGUAUUCAACACUGCAUUUGGUGCAUUCGUUAUUUGUGAAUUAACAAAGCUACCAAUAGUUUCAUGUGGAAAAGGUAUCCACAUUUCUUCAAGCAAUCUAUUUAAAAAUACUGGUAAUCGUCUCCAUUUUUGAAUGGAGACAAUUAUCAGUGUUUUUAAAGGACAGCUUGAAGAAUUGUUGAUACCCUUUCCACAUGAAACCAUUGGUAGCUUUGUUGAUUAAAAAAUAAAGUGUGUAUGUACAUCUGAUGAUUUUUGUAUAUGCAUUCUUCACAGUUACUCUUCUACUAAAAUAUAAUUCUCAAGACUGCUUAACCUCCCCAAAGUGCUGCUCAGUAGGAUCAAAUCUGGAACCAUGUGGUUUCUAAUUGAACUUAACUACAUAGCCAUAGUCUGUUGUUUAUCUUUUCUAGAUAAUUACUUUAUCAAAUGUAACACUCUCUUGUAAGAAGUUUACCAGUAGCAUAUCUAUUGUUAUAAUGAUUUAAUACAAUAAAACAUGCAAUGGAAUUGCUUUAGCGACUAAUUUAUGACGCUUUAUAGUACAUUAUGAUAACAAAAUAUACCAAAGAUUAUCACAAAAAAAGACCAAAAAUGAAUAUAACCAUAAAUAGUUUUAAAUGGGUAGUAUGAUUGUUCCACAGUUAGUUUUUGUUUAAACAUCUGAUAUCAGAUCAAGUGAUUUGCUAAACAAGUACAACUACAUAAUCAAUUCACUGAUUUUACUUAAUUAGCACCAUUGAUCUGCUUCUUUUAUGGAAAUAUGGGAUUUGAAUGAAUUUGCUGAAUGAAAUACACUCAAACAUUUUUAGUAAAAUGCAAUUUUACAUUUAGUUGAAGAAAGGAAACAAAAACCUGCUUGUUUUGUUAGAAGAGGUGAGAUAAUUUCAUUAAAUUAAUUUGAUUGUCAUGCUUAAGAGGAAAAUCUGAUCAUUCUUAAAGACAGUGACAGUCUCUGAAGAAUAGACAAUAUGAACCUACUUAAUAAAUAGAGGUUUUUACUUAUGUAAGUGUGACUGUACUGAAUGAUGUAUGAAAAUAGAUUCUUAAUGAACUGAAAAUUUCCUCUAAACUAGAUAAAGAAAACAAAAGUCUAGUGGCAUUUGUUAGCAAUUCACAAAAAACAGAAGAGUGUAUUUCAAUGAAUUAAGAUUUAACUCUUAACAUCCUGUAUGGCACAAAUCUGCACAACAUCAUAUGUUUUUCUGUCAGUCCUAUGGUGCCUAAAACCAUCUGAAAUGAACUACUCAUGUUUAUACUUUUGUGGUUUUUGGAAGUAAUAUGCUCUCUAAUCUAGAGGAGAAAACUUUAAAAUCCCUUCCACUAUCAUAUAAAUUCAGUGCAUCCAGUCAUACUUAGUUAAAAACCAUGCCAUUGUCUUGAGCUAUUUCUCUUAGCUCCACUAAUGUCUUUCAAGCAGUUUUUAUUAGCCUCCUGCUCUAACUUGCCUACAGCUAGAUUAUUAAUAUAUAGAUAUAAAUUAUGCAGGUCUUGUAUAUUUUUAUCUGUUGCAAUAUGUUUGCAGGUACAAUUUAAGACACUGACCUUUGUGUGCACUGCCAUUAAACUAAAUUGUAACCUGUAUAUUUGAGAUUUUGGUUCACAAGCAGCUAAGAGAGGGAAUGUUUGAUGUUUCAUCAUUUCUGGCAGCAUCACUAAAAAUUAUUUGCAGGAUAGAUUUGACUUCACUCUUUUCUUAUUUUCAUCUUUUCUAUGUAUUAGAACUAUUUCUUCCAUGAGUUAACCUUUUGCAGUUUGUUGAGGAACUGAGAAAUUGGAGAUUAUAUUGAUUCAGUAGGCUUUUAUUACGUAACUCUACCUCAUAGUUUGCUAGCCUACUUGUCAUUUUCUCUACUGACAAUUAUAAUUAACAAUAGAAAAUAAAAAAAUGCAGCUGUGUAGUUUGUCUAAAUUACAGCUUGAGCAAAUUUUUUUCUUUACAAAUUUAUUAAUUUAAUAACAAAGGCUUUCUGAAAACUGAUAUCUUUAUUCCAUUUUGAAAACUAACAUCUAUAUUCCAUUUUGUAAACUAAUAUCUUUAGUCCCUGUCAAUCUUAUGUGUUGUUUUGUUUCAUUUUCAUUUUGUCCACCUGUAAAAGAUCUGCUGGAAAAUUUCAUUCUGUUUCUAAACAAUGUUAAAAUAUUUUGCUCAAAACAUAAAUGUCUUUGCACUAACAUUCCAUCAUAAUAUAAGAUCAUGAAGCUAUUUGGCUUACCCUUCAGUCUGUCAACAUCCUUUGCUUAUGUUAAGUUGCUGUGCUACAUAAUUCAUCUCCAUCUUCUUUUACCUUUAUAUCAAGCAUACUAUUCUCUAAGUUAGUGAUAAUCUGGCAUAUAUUUCAGUAUUUAAUUUCAUGUCUCUUCUUUAUUCCACUUUAAUAAAAAUAAAAUGGGACAAUGUAAUGUGAAUGUUGAGGAUUCUUCACUGUGAGAGAUUAUUAGAGAGAUUUUGCUUGUUGGCUCACUAGAUUAUUGAGGAUGUUGAUCAAUGAAUUGUCACUCUGUAAUUGAUAGUAGUAGUAGGUUUAGCAUAAUAUACAAUUUCAAAAUAUAUUAACAGAUCAAAUAAGAGUUUAAAGUGGUUUAAAUGUCAGCAUUAAUUUUUUUUAUAUAUAUUUAAAGCAAAACUGGGUUGUCUAUUAUGAUCAAAAUAGCACCAGAAUUCUUUGUAGCAGUAGGUCAGUCAUAUUUCUUCAUAAUCCUUUGCACUAUAUAUAUAUAUGUAUGUACUGUUUUGGUGUCAUUUGUCUAAAUUGUGUACUCUGAUGCUGCCUAUCAGCUGGUAUUAGCCACUAAGUCCAGUUGCUGUACUUUUUCACCAAUACUAAUAAAAAGUAAGAUAUUUUGUUAUCAAUAUUAAUACAAAGAGUCAGAAAAUGACCAGGUAAAGAGCUAGUUGAAAUAUGUCACUGUGAUAUGAUUAUUAAACUCAAACAACAAUGAAAAUCAUGCUAUUCAUUGGUAGAGUAAUUUUUUUGUUUUUUAGAUGUAUAAAUGUAUCAAUCAUAAGUUGUAACUGUAAAGAUAAGUUGCUGCUGACAGCCUGCUGUAUUCUGCUAACAGCAACUAUAUUCUGCUCUUUCCUGUCUGAGUUUGCCUUUGUGAAAAACUAAAUAUCAACCUAGCUUCAUUGUUGGCUAAUUAGUAACCACAAAAGGCAUCCAUGAUUCUUAUACAAAUAUCCAAGUUUGCCAAACAAACAAAACAGUAUUUUCCUCUCUUUCAUUUUCUAGUAUAGGAAAGUAGAUGUGAAAAAAAACACAAAUUGCAAAAUUUGCUAGCUGAAAUUACUAACAUGUGUAAGUGUUAGUGAGAGUAUUAUUUCUAAUUGAUGAUGAAUGCUUGUAUAGCAUGAUCUUACAGCACUCCUUUACUUUUUUGAGGAGUAACAUAUAAACACUGUCUACUGUAACUGAAAUGGCACACAGUAGGUACACAGCAAUAUCUUAUGAAGUAAACUGUUUGAAAAAUCAUUGGGAAAAAUAAUUUUCUGUUGUUGAUGGUAAUGUUGUUGAUAAUAAUUAUGAUGAAUUGUGUGUGUGUUUGUGAGAAUGUUCAUCAUGACUAGUUUCUCUGUACAGUGUUAUUUUGAAGGCAGUAUUCAAUACUUGUUAAGGAUAUAAUUCACCCAUACAUAAAACAUUACUUUAAUUGCAUAGCCGAAAAAUAUACUUGAAAUAUCUGCUUAAACAAAUCAGUCAAAAGUCUAGAUUUGAAGACUUAUCCAAUCAAUGCUAGCAUGAAAAAUCGGGUACUUCUCAAGUCUUGCAAUCCCAUGUUAGAAACAUGGUGUGUGCAUGCGCAUGUGUAUGUGUUAAUUUAUGUGUGUGUCUGUGUGUGUGUGUGUAUAUAUAUAGCACUCUUUACUCUCCAGCUGCUGGAAAGUUUUGUUUGUUAAAUACUCUAGUAUUCCAUCUCUCUCUUCUCUCUCUUGCUACCACAGUAAGGACUUUUAAUUACAGAAUCUAAUUUGCUGAAGUGAAUUAACAAAAUAGAAACUUAAAUCCUCCUGGCUGGGUGAAAAUUCCAUUUGCACAUUAAAUUAUUUAAUAUACAUAUUUUGUGAUUUUAUUUUUUGGAAGGAAGGGUUGAAGAGGGGAUUGUGAUGCAGUAAUAACUUCCCAGCUAAUCUAAUCCAAACUUGGUUUUGAUUAUCUUACUGAAACUGCUUCACUUUAUAAUAAUCACUAAUGCUAUAAAUCUGGGGUUUUAUACUUAAGUAAAAAAAAAAAAAAAAGGCUAUGUAUUUAUGUAUCAAUAGUAUUUGUAAAAUGUGCGUCUGCUUUGAAUUUUAAGUCUUAGAUUUUGAAAGACUGAGUACAUAGAGUACAAACAAUUUUCUACUAUGGAAAUAUUGCUGGCCAAACCCUGCUGUCUGGUUCCGUUCAAAACCAAUGAAUGUUUCUUCAUUGCUGACCACUUCAUUAAUCAUUCAACUCUACCCUUUUUCUGACCAAUCAUUCGCUCUGAAGAUCUCCAGUAAAUGAGACAAUCGCUCAAUUAAGCUAAAGAUUUUGCUAGCAAAGAAAUCAACAAAAAAAUUAUGUAUAUGUGUGACAAUAACAAUGAGUUCUAUCUUGAAUGUCUCCUCCUUUCUCUCCCCACCUCCUCUGUUUUUCUCUCUCUCGUCUUACACUGCUUAAAGGUUAUGGAACAUAACUUUUCAGUUGUAGGAGUAUUCAGGAAGUUGGAGACAGUCUCCAUGAAAUUCAGCUGUGAUCGUUACUUCUUAGCCGAACAAUGCAUUCUGUUUCAUCAUCAUCACCACCGCCUCAUGUUUUUACAUAUCACUUUGCCACAUCUUUCUCUAGUGCAUACUUUGAGGCGGGAAUGAUGAGGAAAAUGAAAAGGUUUAACUUGUAGAUCUUCCCAUUUCACCAAAUAUCAACUGGUGUAUUGCGCCUGUGAUAGGAGUUGUUGGAAGUUCACAGCUGACCAAGCUAUUUUCUUUUUGCCAGCUCCAUUCCAUUGUGUAUAUAUCUUGACUGCAGGCAUUACUGUCUAAAAGAUGAUUCCAUCAUCUGAACAGGUCAAUGCUAUAUCAUGGUAGUCAAUAUUGCACAAAAUUUUUGUGCCAAUUCUGGAAGUAAAAACAAAACAAAACAAUAUUACUUAUUAAAGAAACAGCAUAUUGAACAAAUUGCUUAAUAACAUUUAAUCCAUUGUUUCAUUUGUAUUCUUCUGUCUAUUUCCUACAGUAUUCUGAGGAAAAAGAAAAAAAAAAAACCUCUAGUCGAAUUAGAUACCAGAAAAAACUUGUUUCCGACAUAUAUAUAUAUAUAA